AUGCCGGGUGUGAGACUCAAGAACCCCACCGUGGGCAACCCGCCUGCAAGUCCUCCCCGAACCCGCACCUGCCGCCAUGCCCGCGUGGUCCGGGCGUGCCACGCCGCCCCCGACAGCGGUGGGAGGCACCGCGACCCGUUCCCACGCACGAGCAUCCCAGGCAGCACCCAUGCCCCGCCCCAGAAGGCGCGGGAGGUCGGCGCCGGAGUGGACAAUUCUGUCGACCAGGCCCCUGCCGCUGCGCAGGCUGCGCUGACGCCGGCCACUGCGUCGGAUCUGGAGGAGGACGCGGACUGGCAGGACUGGAAGGCAGUCAUGGCCCGCACGCACUCCCUGGCCGAGGCACACGAAGAGGCGUGCGCCGCGCUGGACAGCUCGGUGGCCCUGGACGCCUACGCGGCAGCCGCCGCGCUGCGCGACCGCCUGGCCGGCAUCCGCGCGCAGGACUGCCUGGGCGAGGCGCUGGCCGAGCUGGACCGCGCGGUGGCGGCGGAGCGGUACGCCGCCGCCGCCUCGCUGCGCGACAUGGCCUGGGCGGGCCUGCCCGGCUGGUGGUCGGGGCGCGGCGACCGCGGCGACGUGGCGGGGCACCUCAUCCGCGUCAGCCGGCGGUACGGGCACUAUGCCGCGCACGCCUUCUCGGGCCGCGACCUGGCCGCCGCGCUGGGCUGGGCCCCGGACGCGGUGUUUGAGUACGUGAGCCUGGGCGGCGGGGACGAGGAUGGUGGCGCGGGCGAGGCCGACCCGGGCGCGCAGGCUGUGCUGGAGAUGCACUUCCGCCGCGGGGCGGGCGGCGCACUGGAGGCGCAGGCCGUGGCGGUGCUGGGGCCCGCGGAGGCCGAGGAGGUGGAAAGCGCGGACGGCGACGAGCUGGCCGAGGUGGUGGUGGCGGUGCAGGGCGUGGAGGCCGAGGCCGCGCUGCGCACGACGGGGGCCAUGGAGCAGGUGCUCAAGGCGGUGGCCAAGCAGCUGGAGGGCGCCGUGGACGGCGUGGACGGCGAGGUUUGGUCCGCGCUGCAGUCGGCGCUGGCGGCGGUGGCGGCCAAGCGCGAGCGCGACGCGCGCGCGCUGCGCGCGCUGCGCUACAACAUCCCCGUCCACGCCGAGGUGGGUCCGGACCGCGUGAGCUUCCGGCGCAUCCGCGCGCCGCGCGGCGACGCGCUGGCCGGCGUCUACCUGGGCCAGUUCGGGCCGCAUGGGCCCGAGGUGGUGCAGCUGGCGCGCAGCCGCCGCGACGGCGACGAGUGGGUGCACGCCACCAAGAUCACGGGCGACCGCAACGUGCCGGCAGGGGAGCUCUCGUUCAAGGCGCGCGUGGGGCGGGAACACCGCCUGCCCACCGCCGUGGAGGGCUACCCGCCGGAGCUGGGGGUGACCGCACGCUACGCUGGCCGCGGCCGCGUCGCCGAGCCGGGGUUCAAGAACCCGCGGUGGGUGAAUGCCGAGCUGCUCCAGUUUGCGUCGGGCAACCCCAUGACCCGUGGCGCGGAGCUGGGCAUCGUCUUCAGCGUCUCCCGCACCCAGCGCUACCUCAUCCUCUUCAACCGCGUGGACCUGGAGUCCCUGGAGGAGGACGCUUCCUCCCUGGGGCCCUGA